AUGAGCGCAAAUCAUGAAGCUGGCGACAUCUGUUCAUCACCAAUAGCAGAGAGCGGUGAGCACUACGAAGGUGCAUCUGUUAAUGUAGGAGUAUCUUAUAAUUUCCCAAAGCCUGCCGAAUACGAUUCCUGGACACCAUGUAAGAAACAAUCUUGGGAUCAAUUGCAAACAAAUCCGAACGGUUUCUUCUACAGACAUGUGCUUCCGAAUGAGAAGAGAAAGAAUGGACCUUGGUCUGAAGAAGAAAAACAAUUAUUUAUUGAAGCCCUACGCAAACAACCAGCAGAAAACACCCAUUGGGGUCUAUUUGCCAGAAACAUCCCAGGACGAGUUGGAUACCAGUGCAAUGCAUUUUACAAGAAACUCAUUGCAAGUGGAGAGCUCCAAGAAAUUGCACCUGACAUAAAAUUUACGCCAUUACCUGCUAAGGCCGUGGAUGAAAAUGGAAAGGUCAUUGUUAGAAAGCGAAAACAGCAUAUAACGAUUGGCGGUGUCGAGGUAAUUCCAGGCCGCGAUUCGUUUGCCUCUGAGUCACUCUUAGAAUGUGUAGAUAUUGAACCAGUUGUUCUUAAAAACCAACCAGAAACGAUUUCAUUUAGAACUAAUGUUCUUCAAGCAAGUCCUCAACUUAGAAAGCAUUUCAUAUCUUCUUCUACUCUUUUCUUCUAA